AUGGAUCCCCUGGAGGUUCCUCCUCUCACCCCCACCAGUAAAGAGGUUCUAACCCAGGCAGUGAGAGCCAGCUUUGCGGGUUUUAAUCAGGAGAGCCACCGGCUGUGCUUCCCAAGUGACCCCAGGCUGUGGUCGGACUGGCAAGUCCACCACUGGCUGAGCUGGUGCCAGGCAGAGUUUGGCCUGCAACACCUGGGGGCUGACUUGAGCGUUAUGCGGGGGAGCGAGCUCUGCAGCUUGGAGAGAGAGGACUUCCUGGCUCUCAUCUCGGACGGCACCGCUGGGGAGAUCCUGUGGGAACACCUGGAGAUGAUGCGCAGAGAAUGUGAACCUGCCAGAGAGAUGACUCUUUGUGCACCCACAUCCUCCUUCAGUUCGUCACAGUGCAACAUUGUUGCUGAUGACGUAGAGACUGAGACAAGACUUCUUGGUGCUGAGGUUGGGGUGGCUGCUCCGGUGCAGUGGCCAGGGGGCGUGCAGGAGGACUCCAUGUCGACCGAUGGACUGCAGCCAGAUGAGAUCACCUUUGACCUCCCUCACCCUCAUUUGACCUUCAGGGAUUUGGUGGGGGACGCAGCGGGCCUGGAUAAAGCACUCGUCCCAGCGGCUGUCUUGGCAGGUUAUACUGGCAGCGGUCCUAUUCAGCUUUGGCAAUUUCUAUUGGAGCUGCUGACUGACCAAAGCUGUCAAUCGUUCAUCAGUUGGACUGGAGAUGGAUGGGAAUUCAAGCUGACGGACCCAGACGAGGUUGCUCACAUGUGGGGUCGGCGUAAGAACAACGCGAAAAUGAACUAUGAGAAGCUGAGCCGAGGCCUACGCUACUACUACGACAAGAACAUCAUCCACAAGACAACGGGCAAGCGCUACGUUUACCGCUUCGUUUGCAACCUGCAAGGCCUGCUGGGAUACUCAGCUGAGGAACUUCAUGCCAUGCUGGACAUUCCACAGAGUGACGGCUCCGAAGCGUUUUCAGAUUAAUCAGAUGAUCAGCCUUUAAACCUGGAGGAGCAUUUCUCUCUAUACCAUGCCAGGACAGAUAUACACUUAAGACUGAACCAGGAGGAACAUUACUGCUGCCCGCAAAAACAUCUGAUUGGUGGGCACAUUGGCUUGCACAGACAUUUUGGAGGGCAGGUGCUGAAGGGCUGGAAGGGGGGAUGUUGGGGCCAUGUGAAACUUCCGGCUGCCUAACUAAGCUAUAGAGGCUAUCGGGGCAUUAUUGUAACGUGCUUUUGAUUGUGAAGCAUUUGUAGAUUAUCAUAUCAACAUGGGCCAAAGUACAUUGUGAAAAAAAAUCUAACUUUGAAAAAGGGCAUUUUUUUGUACAGCAGGGCCAAGGGGCAGGUGAUUUAGCACCAUCCCAUACCUAAGUGUGCACAUGGGUGGGCACAUGCACAUUUAGCAUUAUGUACAGUGGCUUUAAAAAGUCUACACACCCCUGAUCAAAUACCAGGUUUUUGUGAUGUAAAAAUAACAGAAAAACUUUUUCCACCUUUGAUAUAACUAUUAACCUGUACAAUGCAAUUUAAAAACAAACUCAAAGCUAGGGGAAAAGCAAAGGGGAAAUAAUAGAAAAUAAAAUUAACAUGAAUUAAUAAUAUAUAAAUAUGCACAUCCUUAAAGAAGUACUUUGUUGCACCACCUUUAACUUUUAUUACAGCACCCAGUCUUUUUCGGUUAAGAGUCUAUCAGCGUGGCAUAUGUUGAUGUGUCAAUAUUUUUCCGCUCCUUUUUGCAAAAGCACUCCAAAUCUGACAGAUUUUGAGUGCAUCUCACGUGCACAGUUCUCCUCAGAUCACCCAAAAGAUGUUCUAUGCUAUGGGAUACAGCCAGGUCUGAAUUCUGUCUGGGACAUUCCAAAACCUCAAUCUUCUUUCUGUCAUUUUUUUACAUCACAAAAACCUGACAUAUGGACAGUGUGUAGACUUUUUUUAUAGCUCUUGUACAUAAAGGAUAAUGGAAUACCAUUACAAAGCACUACCAAGACACUUUUCAUUGGCAUAGUACAAACGUAGAUCUUGACUUUGACCUUUGACCUACAUUUUACUGGAUAUUUCUUUUAUUCUUCCAUUCCAGGAGAAACGUGCAAAAUGCAAACGAUACAAAAUGACACAAACAACGUUCAGAAUAUAAUGCUGAUAUAUUUAUUCGAUGUGUUUUGUAUAAUACCAUAUUUAUUAAAUAAUAUCUUGAAUAAAUUGCA